AUGGUGAGAGCCGGCUCUUGCUUCUCUUCUCUCGGCGGCAACAAGGACAAGUCGAUGAACCGCACUGACACCAACCACGGCAAUGAGCUGCAGCGGACGACCUCGUCGUACCAGGGCUCGGUGGCUGACGGUAUGCGCUACUCGGACAACCGCCAGACCUCGGACCGCGACCGCCUGACGGCGUCGCAGGUGUACAAGUCCAAGACGCUGGAGGAGCGCAUCAAGCAGGCUGAGGCGGAGAACCGCGCUCGCGCCUAA